UUCUAAUUCAAUCUGAGUUCUUGGAAAAAGUCUUACCUAGGUAUAAAUAUGACCAAAUUUUCAAAUUAUAAUCAUAGCAAAUUUAAACACGAAAGAGAUCGUAAAAGGAAUAAAAACAGAUCACAGGCGACUAUUAAAAGAAACAAUGAGUUUCAACGAAGACAUCAGCGCAGUAAUUAUUGACAACGGUUCCGGAAUGGUUAAGGCUGGAUUUGCCGGGGAUGAUGCACCCAGGUCCGUUUUCCCCGCUGUUACUGGAAGGCCGAAAUAUCAGAUUGUAAUGGCGGGCAUGGGAGGAAAAGACUGUUACGUUGGAGACGAGGCACAAAGUAAACGAGGUAUACUGUCUAUAAAAUAUCCCAUCGAACAUGGAAUAGUGACUAAUUGGGAUGACAUGGAGAAGAUCUGGCAUCAUACGUUUUAUAAUGAACUUAGAGUGGCACCCGAAGAACAUCCGGUCAUGUUGACUGAAGCACCGAUGAAUCCAAAGGCAAACAGGGAACGAAUGACACAGACCAUGUUUGAGACUUUCAACACACCAGCAUUUUACGUCGGUAUCCAGGCUUUUUUAUCCCUGUAUGCAUCAGGAAGAACAACAGGAAUAGUGUUUGAUGCAGGAGAUGGAGUUUCUCAUGUUGUUCCUAUAUAUGAAGGAUAUGCUCUACCUCAUGCCAUAAAGAGACUAGAUCUCGCAGGACGAGAUUUGACAGCCUACCUACAGAGGAUACUUCGUGAAAGAGGAUACUGUUUUAGCAAUUCGUCUGAACGGGAAAUCGUUCGAGAUAUCAAGGAGAAAAUGUGCUAUGUUGCUCUUGAUUUCGAACAAGAACUAGACGCCUCUGCCAAAUCUUCUCAAAUAGAAAAGAGCUACGAACUACCAGAUGGUGGUGUAAUCACUAUUGGAAACGAAAGAUUCAGAUGUCCGGAAGUUCUGUUUCAGCCAUCUUUUACUGGAAUGGAGGCUGCCGGUAUACACGAGAUGUUGCAUAACUCAAUCACGUCCACAGAUAUUGACAUCAGACGAGAUCUGUAUAAUAAUAUUGUUCUGUCCGGAGGUUCCACAAUGUAUCCAGGAAUUGCAGAUAGACUGAAAAAAGAAAUGGACGCAAUCAUCCCAAAUUCGAUGAAAACAAAAAUAAUUGCUGCCCCAGAACGGAAGUACUCGGUAUGGAUUGGAGGAUCUAUUUUAGGAUCACUAUCUACUUUUGGACAAAUGUGGAUUUCUAAACAGGAAUACGACGAAUGUGGACCAAGUAUUGUCCACAGGAAGUGCUUUUGAUGUAAAUGUGGAUAAUUUUAUGUUAUGUAAUUAGGUGCAAUAACAGUAAUUAAGAGACACAUUAUGUAUAUUGGACAGAUGGGCUUUCAUGUAAUUAUAUUCGUCUGUGAUACGUUAUUUUUGUUAUUUCCUUGUCAUUGAUUUUGAUUGAUAUUAUUGCAAUUUUUAUAUGAUAUUUAUACACUUGUUAUUAAAUUAUUAAAGUUUAAUUGAAUUUUU